AUGGCGGAGGUCGUUCAGCACCGGAUCGAGGAGAGGAUCCCUGAGUUAGAGCAGCUGGAGAGGGUUGGACUGUUCACCAAGAAAGAAGUCAAAUCCAUAAUCAAGAGAGCAACAGCCCUGGAAUACAAGCUCCACAGGUUGAUCGUAAACAAAGAGGACUUCAUUGCAUACAUUCAGUAUGAAAUCAACGUUUUAGAGCUGAUCAAGAAGAGAAGAGCGCACAUCCAUUACCAGUUCAAAAGAGAGGAGAUUGAGUACCCCGUCAUCCAUAGAAUAAACAGUGUCUUCAGAAGAGCAACAAAUAAGUGGAAGGAUGAUGUGCAGCUGUGGCUCUCACAUGUUGCUUUCUGUAAGAAAUGGGCCACCAAAGGCCAAAUCAGCAAGGUGUUCUCAGCCUUGCUCGCUAUACACCCCGACAAACCAGCCCUGUGGAUCAUGGCAGCCAAGAGUGAGCUGGAGGAUAGAAAUUCCUCUGAAAGUGCCAGACACCUGUUUCUGAGGGCUCUGCGCUUCCAUCCCAACAACAAGAAAGUCUUCCAGGAGUACUUCCGUAUGGAGCUGCUGCAUUGUGAGAAACUGAGGAAGCAGAAGGAAGAACUGGAGAAAGCCGAGAUGGACCUGGGUGAAUAUGAGUUUUCUCCAGAGAUCCUGAGUGGCAAACUGGCUGAGGUUGUGUACAGAGAUGCUACAGGGAAAAUCAAAGAAGCAACGUUUGUCGUCUCCCUUCUGAAUAUAGCGGCUAUCUUUGACUUCACCAAAGACCUCCAGGACUUCAUCCUGCAAGACUUACAGGCUAACUACACAGAGGACAGCUUGACGUGGGAUUUCAUGGCUAAGAGGGAGCUGGAGGCUCCGGGGGCCGGGGAGGAGCUGCAGACCGCCAAAGGCCGGGCCUCGGAUAUCAACCGCAGAGAGGAGCGCUGCUGCCAGGUCUACGAGGAGGGGGUCAAGAGCCUCAACACCGAGCCCAUGUGGACUUGCUAUGCGGCCUUCUGCUUGGAGAGGCUGAAGAGAAAGACAAACGUCCAAGAGUUAAAGGAAAAGAGGCAGGAGAGGCUGCUUGGAGUGUUGCAGCGCGCCCACGACUUCUCACUGCUGAAGGAGGAUUAUUAUAAGAACUGGUUGCAGGUGCUGCUCUCAUCCGGAGACGCCGAGGGAGCGGCCAGCGUUGCCAUGGCAGCCACGCAGCGCUACAGCCAAUCAGUGUCAGUGUGGAGCCUGAGUCUGCGGACGCUAAUGCAGCUGGGGAGUGGAGACAUGGGCCGGCUAUUCCAGGAGGCUCUCACACACAUCAGUCCUAAGGAGAGUCUACCACUCUGGCAGCUGCAGGUCCAGUGGAGCGUGGCCAACCAGAGUCCUGAGGAGACGGAAGCUGUCUUCAAGAGAGGUCUGCUGUCUGCAGUAGCGGCUGUUGCCAUGGAGAUGAAAGAGAGCUACCUUGAUUGGUCGUACUCCACCGGAGGCUACAAGAAGGCUAGGAAGACCUUCACAAGUUUACAGGAAAACCGUCCCUUGUCCAAGGCCUUUUUCACCAAAAUGAUUGAGAUCGAGAAGGAACAAGAGACUCCAAAGAUGAACAGCCUGAGAGACUACUAUGAGAGGGCCCUGCAGGAGUUUGGUACCUCAGAUGACGAUCUGUGGCUGCGGUACAUCCAGGAGGAGCUGGGAUCCCUCGGACAGCCAGAGAACUGCGGCAAGAUCCACUGGAGAGCCAUGAAGUUCCUGGAAGGGGAGACCGUGGAGAGGUUCACGUCCAAGUAUACUCUGAUUCAGACCGGACACUUAUGAGUUGCCCUGAAAGGUUCAGGUAGCGUAGUAAAUUCAGCAUCUGAAGAAGCAGCAGCGCACAUUUCGGAGCAGGUGUUCCUCCUGGUCCUGUAGGAGAUUGGAGCUGUGCCCAUCCAUUUGUUGUUUAACUGCCUUCAAGCAUUGGGGGGGAAAUGUUCUUGAUUGAGCUGCCUCUGAUGUUUGCAGCUUUAAUUUACAACUUUCCAUUUUCAUUUACGGCAGUUUGCGCUGCAUUUGACACCAGAUUGACGUCGGUAACGCGUAGUAUCGUAAAGAUGUCCAUUUUCAUUGAAUUCAUUUAUUUGUCAUUUUGUGAAGACAAGCUUUGAUGCAGUUAUGAUGAUAUUAAAACAGUCUUUCAUUUUG